UCCAAAAUAUGGCAAGUUCGUCAAGACACGAAACAAACAAAGUUUGUUGUUAUGCACAUCCAGAUGCACCACUUAUUGAAGAUUAUCGAGCAGGUGAUCAAAUUUGUUCAGAAUGCGGACUUGUUGUGGGAGAUAGAGUCAUAGAUGUUGGUUCUGAAUGGAGAACAUUUAGCAAUGAGAAAGCAGGUGUUGAUCCAUCACGUGUUGGUGGGCCAGAAAACCCACUUCUUAAUGGUUCAGAUUUAUCCACCAUGAUUGGCCCAGGCACAGGUGCAGCAUCAUUUGAUGCUUUUGGUGCUUCCAAAUAUCAAAAUAGACGCACUAUGAGCAGUUCUGAUAGAGCAUUGAUCAAUGCUUUUCGUGAGAUUAAUGGAAUGGCAGAUCGUAUUAAUUUGCCUAAAACUAUUGUUGACAGAGCUAAUAACUUAUUUAAACAAGUGCAUGAUGGUAAAAACUUGAAAGGGCGUGCCAAUGAUGCAAUUGCUUCAGCAUGUUUGUACAUUGCCUGUAGACAAGAGGGUGUACCACGUACUUUUAAAGAAAUCUGUGCAGUCAGUAAGAUUAGUAAAAAAGAAAUUGGAAGAUGUUUCAAACUGAUCCUGAAAGCACUUGAAACCAGUGUGGAUCUUAUCACUACAGGAGACUUUAUGUCCAGGUUUUGCUCUAAUCUUGGCCUUCCUAAUAUGGUGCAAAGAGCUGCUACACAUAUUGCAAGGAAAGCAGUAGAAAUUGAUAUUGUACCUGGAAGAUCACCAAUUUCGGUAGCAGCUGCUGCAAUAUACAUGGCAUCACAGGCUUCAGAAGACAAAAGAUCUCAGAAAGAAAUUGGUGACAUUGCUGGUGUAGCAGAUGUUACAAUCAGACAGUCUUAUAAACUCAUGUAUCCUCAUGCAGGAAAACUAUUCCCAGAAGAUUUCAGAUUUGCGACACCUAUUGAUCAACUGCCGCAGAUGUAAAGUGAACACGAGACCUUAUGUUUUGAUGUAUAUUUUAUCACGUUGAAGCAAUAGUUAUAUGUCUACAGUAAUCAUCCAUAAAUAAUCCAACCUUUUUUUUCAGUAUACAUUCCUAAAUGAUUUAUGAAACAUUGGUAUUAUCUAAUUUAUUACGCAUUAAGUAUAUUUUUGAAGUGAAACUUCUUUAGCCACGGUAGCGUAAUUUUGCUCGAGCACGUAACGAAAAGUAAAACGCUUCCCCCACCAAGAAUCCAAGAGUGGAAGG